GUGCUAGCCCUGCCCCCACCCCUGCACCUGCUCCUGACCACUGUUCCCACACCUGCUCUUGCUGCCAGCCGCACCCCCACCCAUCCCCCUGGGCAAGGCGAAUCAGCUGAAGGCACUGGCCUCAUCUGGGUAAGCGAGCUCCGCAGGAGACACAGGCGCUGGCUGCUGGGUCCGCUCUCCGCCUCCGCCGCGCCCUCCUCGCCCGGGAUGGGCCCCCCCGCCGCCACCGCCGCCGGAGCCCUAGUCUCCGGGCCGCCGCCUCGGUCGCCGCGUUUGCCCUGAAGCCCGGUGCCCGCGCGCCCCGGCUCACCCCGCAGCUUCACUCCCCACCCCCAGCCGCCUCCCCGGCCAGACUGCGGUAGAGCUCUCAGGAUGCUGCCGCCGGUGCCCUCCCGCCUCGGACUGCUGCUGCUGCUCUUGUGCCCCGCGCACGUCGAUGGACUGUGGUGGGCCGUGGGCAGCCCCUUGGUCAUGGAUCCUACCAGCAUCUGCAGGAAGGCCAGGCGGCUGGCAGGAAGACAGGCCGAGCUGUGCCAGGCGGAGCCGGAAGUAGUGGCAGAGCUUGCCCGAGGCGCAAGACUGGGGGUUCGAGAAUGUCAGUUCCAGUUCCGUUUCCGACGCUGGAACUGCUCCAGCCACAGCAAGGCCUUUGGGCGCGUCCUGCAGCAGGACAUCCGAGAGACAGCUUUCGUGUUUGCAAUCACCGCAGCUGGUGCCAGCCACGCGGUCACUCAAGCCUGUUCCAUGGGAGAGCUCCUACAGUGUGGUUGUCAGGCACCCCGCGGGCGGGCACCGCCUAGGCCCUCCGGCCUUCUGGGCACUCCUGGACCUCCAGGACCAACUGGCUCUCCAGAUGCUAGCGCAGCCUGGGAGUGGGGAGGCUGCGGAGACGAUGUGGACUUCGGGGAUGAGAAGUCAAGACUCUUUAUGGAUGCGCAGCACAAGCGGGGCCGUGGAGAUAUCCGUGCAUUGGUGCAACUGCACAACAACGAGGCGGGCAGGCUGGCGGUGCGGAGUCACACGCGCACCGAGUGUAAGUGCCAUGGGCUUUCGGGUUCCUGCGCUCUGCGCACCUGCUGGCAGAAGCUGCCUCCGUUCCGCGAGGUGGGCGCACGGCUGCUGGAGCGCUUCCACGGCGCCUCGCGCGUCAUGGGCACCAACGACGGCAAAGCUCUGCUGCCUGCGGUCCGCACACUCAAGCCUCCCGGACGAGCGGAUCUCCUCUACGCAGCCGAUUCACCCGACUUCUGCGCCCCUAACCGGCGCACGGGUUCGCCGGGCACGCGCGGACGCGCCUGCAACAGCAGUGCCCCGGACCUCAGCGGCUGCGACCUGUUGUGCUGCGGUCGCGGGCACCGCCAGGAGAGCGUACAGCUCGAGGAGAACUGUCUGUGCCGCUUCCACUGGUGCUGCGUGGUGCAAUGCCACCGCUGCCGGGUGCGCAAGGAACUCAGCCUGUGCCUCUGACCCGUCGCCUGCCUCGGAACUGCUGGCAGCCACCUCUGGGCCAUCUACAGGACUAUUAGAUUCCAGCAGGGGGCGCUGUCUGAGUCCAGCAGCUCCCUAGGAAAAGUACCUAUCCAGGCCUUGGGAAAUUACAGGGGCCAGCCAGGAACUUGGGGUUUACACCAGCCCACGAAAGCCCGGGGGAACAUUCCCCUGAAAGGCCCUUUGCUAGUUCCUGCAGGAGAUCACUCCCCUUGGCCCCCCAGAUGGAAAUAAAAAAGCCAGACUCUGCCCUCUGGAAAUAAUAUUCCUCAGAAUUACUGGGAUGGAUGGGUGAGUUUAGUAUCAAUAAAGACAUUUAAAUCCACAGUUUGAGAGGAGGUAGUCCUAGAGGGCCAGGAUAUGGAAGAAAGUUGGUCCUGGUAGAGUUAGCAUUUCAGUCUGAGUCUAUCAUUCCACCUGUUACCAAGGCAUGACGGAGUGAGGGAGGACUUAUGGAAAGGCAGAAAAGAGGGUGAGGGAGGGCUCCUGGAAACCUUUAGCACACCUUCUGUUCUUUCUUGGCUCUCGAGAACUUGUGGUCCCAUGUUAAAGGAACACAAAGAGGCCAGAAGCUUCUAGUAGUGGGCUUAGUUGUCAGGCGUCUGUGUGAACUUUUAUGGCAUUCUGUCUUUCUGUGACUCCUGAUGAAAUUAACGGUCAUGAGAUUAAAAGCUCGUCAUGAACUGUAAAAUGCAACGAAA